AACAAUAUUUUUAGUUUUAUAAUGUUUUUGUUAUUGUUUUGCUUCCUUCAAUUUUCGUGGGGUCUUAAAAUUAUUCCCCGAUCAGCUGAUUGUGGACCAGUUAUAGAAUAUACAGAACCUGAAGGUGUCAUUACAAGCCCGUUCUAUCCAAAUAGAUACCCAAAUAACACUUCAUGCAAAUGGAUUAUCCUUACAUCAAACAAUGUAAACGUAUCUAUACAUCUUGUUGAUGUUGACAUUGAACCUGACCAUGAAAAAACUUGUUUUUCUCCUCCAUGCUGUAUUAGAAAUGGUAUCUCAAUAUCUGUUGAUAAUAUGCGCAAUGGACUUCGUAGACGCUGUGGAUAUAACAGCACUUUUACAUCUAUGAUGUUGUCUCAAAGAGUAACCUAUAUCGAUUUUCACACAACUAUGAAUUAUGGUUUUCAUCGUGGCUUUAAACUGGAGUUUCGUACUAGCCAGUCCAAGUGCACAGAUAAUCAAUUUCGCUGUGAUGAUUUCUUUUGUAUCGAUGAACAACAACAUUGUGAUGGGCAACAACAAUGUAAAGAUGGAUCAGAUGAAGUGAAAUGUGUAACUCUAACUGGAUAUUAUUGUCCUCCGCCAUUGGUUCCAUGUGGUUCUCCCUCACCUCAUUGUUUUGAUAAUUACACCCAACGUUGCGAUGGAGUAUUGAAUUGUGAAAAUGCAAAAGAUGAGAUGGGAUGCGGUCAUUGCAAAUCCACUGAAAUACCUUGCAGAACUGGCCAUAGGUGUUAUAGCAUGUAUCAGUCCUGUGAUGGAAACUGGGAUUGCCCUUUUGGAGAAGAUGAAAUUGGAUGUGCUACUGAGUGCGGCAAACACUUAUCCUGUGACCAUGGUGGCUGUUAUAGCGUUUUGCAACGUUGUGACGGUAGUGCGGAUUGUACGGACGGCAGUGACGAAGUCGGUUGCUUGGAACCGCACAUAUUACCACCUUGUCCGAGAGGUCCCCGUUGUGGAAACGGUGGUCCUUGUCUCGAAGCAGAACGGUGGUGCGAUGGAACAGCAGAUUGUCCCGAUGGCAGCGACGAGACUAGCUGUGGAGGGUCAUCACUUCAGAAUUCUGUGAUUGCUGCAGCUAUCAUGGGAUCGUUGGUUUGUGGUUUACUCCUUGUUCUGGCCGUUGGUUGUACAUGUAGGUUAUAUUCUUUGCGUAUGGCUACUAUAUCGCAAUAUAGGUUACAUCAAGAUGCUAUCUCACAAUUUGCAAAUACAAGUACUUUGCACCAUCCGAUGUCCAUGGUUGGGGGCGCGUCCCAUUUGCCAGCGCCUUUGGAGGAAGAGUUUUGGCAUCGCGAACCUCCCCCGGCUUAUUCUGUGGCCGUUGGUUUGCCUACCGUCGUUACCAGCCAUGUCGAUAGUACACCAAGAUCUAACAGAUUAUUUACAAUCGCGCAAUCGACUGAAGUACGUCCAAUUCGUGCGACGCGGCAUUCACGUUCCGCGCGGCACACCAGCAUUGGCGGUGGAAGCGCUACCUGCGGCGGCGCUGGAAGUAGUAGCCGGCGAAGUUCAUUGCAGUCGACUCCGACAUCUACGAGCUCUGCAUCUUCAAUAUCUAGACCGCGCCCUAGACCUCGUCCUGGGUCGGGAGGAUCAAGGCAUUCAAAUUUCGUCUGCCCGACAACAUCUGCAACGGCUAUGGUACCGCUUGGCUUGGCUUCAACUCACAGGUCAAACCACAACAAGAAACGUAAUGUUGAAAAGCAGCAUAGCCACAGUGGACACAACCAAAGUCAGCGGCGACCUGCAAAAUCUACAUCCGAUAUCGAGGAUUUCUCGCAGGUACUCGAGGGUAAUGAAAAUGUUGAGUCCGAUUCUGUGAUAAAUUCUAUCGAAAUGAAUAUUCCUUCUUCGGCAUUAAAUAGACGACCUAUAAGAACGAGAAAUUUAGAAUUAGAUUCAAACUGUUGCAAUCAAUCCUCGAGCGAAGUGCAGUCGGACAUGUCUCCAAGUCGCACUUCGACCACUAGUCUUGCGUCUAUUGCUAGCUUGACGCAUGACGAGGCCUGUGCAGCAUCCGUAUCAGUAGAUAAUGCGUAAUAUUUAUUUGUAUAGUGAAAUAAUUAUGUGAUCUGUAUGCAUGAGAACGACUGCUAGGGUGAAGUUGAUAUAUGUGAUGGUGAAAACGUCGCCAAAAUUUAAAUUUUAUAGAUAUAUAUAUAUAUUCUUGUAGGUUUUUAUUUCAUGGUUUUUCUAGCGUUGUAUUUUUGCUAGAAAAGAGUUAGGUUUUAUUUAUUUUUAUUGUGUACUAUAUAUGCAACAAUUGUACCUUUUUUUUAAAAAAUAAUGUAAGAUAAUUCCAAAGAUUUUUUAGAUUAUACCAAAAAACAAAUUGUUUU